AUGUGGCUAUUGUCUACCGGAAGACAACCUUUUGCAAAUAGAGAACAUGAUGAGAAUUUAGCAAUUGACAUUUGCGAUGGUGUACAGCCACAUAUAAGCGAAAAUAUACCGGUCCAAUAUGCACAACUCAUGAAACGAUGCCUGGAAUUUAAUCCUGACAAACGACCAUCUGCUGAGGAAUUGUGCUGUAAAACAACUUCUGAUUG